AUGGCAUGGAACCCUCCCCAACCGCCACUACUUCCCAGCUCCACCAUCUGCCCUUUCUACAACCAACGUGUGGAUGGGAUUGCCUGUCACUUCGCGCCAACAUCAUCCCGCCUCAACAGCCCCAAUAUCACGCACCUCGAUCUCGACAUGCAGCAAAUCAAAAUCUUCCCCGAAUCAAGCUUUUUCAAAGAGCGUCGGGCCAGUGACCUUCCAACGCCGGCAGCGGUUAGGGCCAUCAGUCUAGCGUCGGGCGAUCUUUGGGCAUCAAGUUUCAAUCGUCCCAGGCCCGUCAGAAUCCCAUCGCUAGGGUUGAUGAUCAAGUACGGAGGCGAUGUAACAUUGACAGAAGUUUCGACUCAGAGAAUGGUUCACGAACAGCUUCUUGGUCAAGUGCCUAUUCCUGAGGUCUUUGGCUGGACUGAGGAUAAAGAUCAGGGGUUCAUCUACAUGUCGCUCAUCGAGGGCGAUACCUUGGAACAGAGGUGGAUUGAUCUGAACGAAACCGAGAGGCAAGCCAUCUGCGCCGAGCUGAAGCCCAUGGUGAAGGCAUGGAGGGGUCUGAAGCAAGACGGCCAAGAGCCCUAUGUUGGCAGCAUCGGUACGAGCCCUUUGAGGGAUAUCUUCCUCGUGUACCGCCCAGAGCUCGUGGGACCAUUUCGAGGCGACAGGGCUGUUCAGCAAUUUCAAGACGUCUGCGGCAUCGAUAUCAGUUGCGAGAUCCCAAUUGUGUUUUCUCAUAGCGACCUGGUCCCGCCGAAUGUGCUCUUGUCACGAGGGCCCAACCCAAAAGUGGCAGCCGUCAUUGACUGGGCCCAGUCAGGAUGGUAUCCCUCGUACUGGGAGUAUUGCAAGGCGCGACGGGUAGAAUUGGACCCGGAAUUGUUCAGCAAAGCUCUGCAGGAGGAAUGGCGGGGAAAGUACCUACCCUUGUUCAUUGAUCCUGUGGAUGACGAGACGUAUUACCACCCUUGGCUGUGGUUUGUUUUGUCAAAGGGAAUAUGA